AUGGUUCAAUAUAAACCCAAAGGCGCUGAAGCAGAUACACCGGCUUCGCAGGGUUAUACAAUGUUCAACUACAAUCCUGAUUAUCCAGAACGGACAAAGAAUAAUUGUUGGUACAGAACAAAUCCGAUGAAAGAUGCAGGCCCGUUCCCGAUCACAUGGUUUGCUGAUAGUUUAAGUCUCCGUGAAGUCCAACCAUGGUUUCCACUACCAUUGAAUCUUAUCAAUAAGGGUGAAGAAUGGAUACCAGAAAUUCAGGGCUAUGCAAGAUACGAUUCGCCAGAAAUAUGUAAUUUAAGAAAAUCUGGAAUUGGUCAAGUUCCUUGUUUAAGUUAUUUUGAAGCACCAGAUAGACCAGUAAAAACUAUUGAAGCCCAUGCUGGUCGAGGCGCUUACGAUCCAGAUGAAUAUUUAACUACAGUAUAUCUAUCAUUUACAAAUGGUAUCCCAUCAGAAGCUGAACAUUUGUUCGAUUUACCUGAUCAGUGGCCUGCCUAUUGUGGCAAUGCAAAUACGGGAUUUAAUGUAGAACCCUCUCGUGCAUUUGUGGUUACUCCUGAUGGUCAAGAUAAUUUAAAAUUAACUUUACAAACACCACCAGUUCAUGCACCUAGUGAUCAAGUUAAAAUUGAAUUUAAAGUACAACCAAAUUAUUUCUACAAUGGCACGCGAUGUGCUGAAUUUAGUACAGUUGUUUUUGAUCAAGCAAAUUGGCAGGUACCACAACAAAUUAACAUGUCAUUUGCUGAUUAUGGUUGUUGCUCAUACGCAAUUACGGCAACCGGUGGUGGAUACGAUUGGUAUUAUAUAACACCAACGAUUGUAGUUUACGCCUGUGAUGGAGAAGCCGGACAUGUUUGCAAAGGCGAAAAAACAUGUGGGGUUUGA